AUGUUGGAUGGUUUAUCUCCCAAUCCCGCACAAUUUGACAACUUGGUGAUCAACACUUUUUGCAAUAAGAUGCAUUCUCUAAACCCUAAUCUCCGCACUGAAAAUCUUGCCCUUCGUCCCGCCGUCCCUUCCGAUGCGGUUCCUCUCACAGUCAUUUUUGCAAACCCUCUCAACACCCAAUAUGAACCGCACAAGCCAAGCAACAUAACGGUAGAAGAAUAUCAAGGCCGAAUCGCCAAAUGGGAAGACCUGCGCGCCAGCGGGCAAGCCUAUUUUCUCGUCAUAACCCGACGCCCAACAACAGACAUGGGUUUGGCUUCACCUUCCGUCAUCGGCUUCGGUGGCAUUAACGCUAUCUCUACGGACGCUCAGGGCAAGCGAAUUGCGGACUUGGGUGUGUUGAUUGAUAGCUCUGAGUGGAGGAAGGGGUACGGGCGGGAAGCGUUGCAGGCUACGUUGGACUUUGCAUUCCGGAAGAUGGAGGGGGGAGGCAUCGGAUGCGAUGAGGCUUUUUUUGAGACAUUGGCGGUGAAUACACCGUUUCAAGGACUUGCUGAUGGGAUGGGGAUGGCGAAGUGGAAGCAAGUGAAGAGUGACGGAAAGGAAGUUGAAUAUAGGUUCAGCAAACAGGAUUGGGAGGGAUUAAAGAAUAGCUGA